AUGUCCCAGGCCCCUCUGGACUCAGCGCCACGCUCCAGCCACCUGGACCUGUGGAGGGAGCAGAGUGACCAGCUAGUUCGUCAGGCCAAGGUGACUCGGAACUCAGAUGCGCUACGGACGCAGCAGCAGUUGGCUCAGGACGCCCUGCACGGCCUCCGGGAGCUCCUUCAUCGUCUGCGGGGGCUUCCUGCGACUGUUUCACUUCUUCCCUUGGAGCUGACUGUCAUGUGCAACUUGAUCACCCUGAAAGUGAGUCAUACCCAGGGCUUCAGUGAGGACCAGGCCCAAGAUAUCCACCAGGGCCUGAAGAGAGUGCUUGAGGCCAGUGAGCGGCUAGAACCCAGGCUGGACUAUGGGCUCAGGGAGCUGUGGGACUCUGUCCUCCGUUGUUCCUCCCUUCUGCCUGAGCUCCUUCCUGCCCUGCAUCACUUGGCUGGCCUGCAGGCUGCCCUCUGGCUGAGCACUGACCAUCUUGGGGACCUGGUCUGGCUGCUGCAGAUGCUGAAUGGCAGCCAGAGCGAGGCCUCUGAGGAUCUGCUGCUGCUUCUGAAAUCUUGGAGCCCCCCACCUGAGGGGCUGGAUGCACCAGUGAGUCUGCAGGAUGCCCGGGGCUUAAGAGACGUCCUUCUGACAGCAUAUGCCCUCCGUCAAGGCCUCCAGGAACUGACCAUAGGGAGCCUACCCAGGGCACUAAGCAGUCUGCAGGAAGCAGCAUGUGGUCUGUGUUCACGGCCUGUGUUGGUCCAGGUGUACACGGCGCUGGGGGCCUGUCUCCGUAAAAUGGGCAGUCCACAGAGAGCACUCUUAUACUUGGCUGAAGCCCUGAAAGGGGGAUCCAUUUGGGGUCCCCCGCUUCUGGAGGCCUCCAGGUUAUAUCGGCAACUGGGAGACACAGCAGCGGAGCUGGAGAGUCUGGGGCUGCUGGUCGAGGCCUUGUGUGUCCCCCAGAGCUCUGAAGCCCCUCAGCUUCUCAUUGAGGUGGAGCUGUUGCUCCCCACACCGGGCCCAGACUCACCCCUUCGGUGUGGCACGCAGAGCCAGGCCAAGCACCUGCUAGCAAGCCGCUGCCUACAGACAGGCAGGGCCAAGGCCGCUGCCGAGCACUACCUGGACUUGUUGGCCCUGUUGCUGAAUGGCUGGGAGCCACGGCUCUCUGCACCCCCUGGCCCCCCAGGGCCCUGUAUGCCUGAGGUGUUCUUGGAGACAGCAGCGGCACUGAUUCAGGCGAAACGAGCCCAGGACGCUCUGACUGUGUGUGAGGAGCUGCUCGCCCGAACAUCAUCGCUGCUUCCCAAGAUGCCCUGGAUGUGGGAGGAGGCCAGAAAUGGAGCCCAGCAGCCUAUACAGUGCCCACUCUGGGUCUCUGCCACCUACCUGCUUCAGGGCCAGGCCUGGGUGCAAUUGAGGGCCCCAAAAGAAGCAGUUAGUGAAUUUAGUCGGUGCCUUGAGCUGCUCUUCCGGGCCACAGCUGAGGACAAAGAACAGGGGGCUGCUUCCAGCUGUGAGCAGAGGUGCAGAACAGAUGUGGUACUGCAGCGGCUUCGGUUAGCUGCCCUGAUUAGUCGUGGACAGGAAUGGGUGGCCAGCGGGCAGGAUACCAGAGCCCUGCAGGAUUUCCUCCUCAGUGUGCAGGUGUGCCCAGGUGAUCAAGAUGCUUCCUUUCACCUGCUUCAGACUCUGAGGAGGCUGGGUCGGAGGGAUGAGGCCACUGCUCUGUGGUGCAGGCUGGAGGCCCAGACCCAGCUGCCACAGGGGGACACCCCAAGGUCUCUCCCCCUUUACCUGGAAACCUGUUUGAGCUGGAUCCGCCCCCCGGACCGGGACACCCUCUUGGAAGAGUUCCGGACAUCCCUGUGA